GCUGACUUUGUUGAUUAAUCAAAUCAAAUCAUUAAAUAAUAAUUAGAUAAUUUAUAAGUUUAAUACAAAGAAUUGUUUAGAUUAAGAAACAGUCCUCGGGGUCAACAAAAUGUCAAGACUUUCUUAAGAAAAAAAAAAUUCUAACCAAAUCAACAAUGUAAUCGUUAUUUGAAAAUUCAUUGUCUCUGUGCAACAAUCAUGGUUUCGAUUAACACGACCCCUUUGUUACAAGAAAUCGACUCUGACAAUGAAGAGAACGACAUCCACGAUAGCUUAGCUAUAAGGGACAACAAGCCCUUAUUCAAGCCCAUCGAACCCAGAGAUAAAUUGUAUACGGUCUAUUGGAUUUUUUAUAUUUUGGGAGUUGUGACGUUGCUACCGUGGAACUUUUACGUUACUGCAAAUGAUUACUGGAUGUAUAAGUUUAGGGACACUAAUAUCCAUAAUAGUACUGUAACAGGCAGUCAAGUUAAAAAUAAGACUCCUCUACAAGCAGAGUUUACUUCAUAUAUUAGUGUUGCUUCAGCAGUACCAAAUUUGCUGUUUCUCAUCUUGAAUGCUGCCAUAGCACAUAGGAUCUCGGCAAAUAAACGAAUAUUAGGAUCUCUUCUCAGCAUCUUGCUGCUUAUGAUAGUUACUUUGGUAUUUGUCCUUAUUGAUACAGAUAAAUGGCAGUACUUAUUCUUUCUCAUUACUCUAACAGCAGUAGUUUUGUUAAAUGUGGCAAGUGCAAUACUUCAAGGAAGCGUAUUCGGUUUAGUAGGCAAUUUUUCCCCUAAAUACAUUACAGCAGUGGUAGGUGGUCAAGCUUUGGGUGGCAUUUUUGCUGCCCUAGCCGAAAUUGUGUCACUAGCACUUGGAGCUUCCUCGACUCACACCGCGCUAGUAUAUUUUAUCAUUGGCAACGUCACCAUUGCACUAUCAAUAGUUUCUUACGUUGUAUUGACGAAAACUGUGUUUUAUAAAUAUCAUAUUGAAGACAAAUUUAUUAGUAUUUCUGAGUUUGGCAGUACAUCUACUGCACAGUUGGUAUCGCAUAGUAUUAUAUUGAAAAAGAUUUGGGUUUAUGGAGUUUCAAUGUUUUUAGUAUUUGCUAUUACAUUAAGUGUUUACCCUGGUGUUACUGUUUUAAUUGAAUCUGAAGGGAGAGGCAACGGAAAUAAGUGGAAUGAUGUAUUUUUUGUACCAACAAUUGCUUAUUUACUCUUCAGUACUGGGGAUUAUUUAGGUAGGAUUGCUGCUGGAAAGCUUCAACAGCCUAGAAACGAGAGCAUUAUUCUCAUAUUCAGCCUUGCAAGGUUCGUUUUCAUUCCGUUAAUGAUGCUGUGCAAUGCCCAACCGAGAUCCCAUUGGGCUGUAGUUUUCAAUAAAGAUUACCAGUAUAUUAUUAUAGUUUUCCUAGGGGCACUGAGUAACGGUUAUUUAGCAAAUUUAACUGCAAUCUUAGCACCCAAGAAAGUUGAGGAUUUUGAAAAAGAAGCUGCAUCAGCAAUGAUAACAGUUUUUCUGGGAGUCGGGCUCGCUUUAGGGUCCGUAAUAAGUCUAGUUAUGGUGAAACUUCUGUAAAUCUUAGGGAAUUUUUAGGCAAAAAUCUGGAUGUAAGAUGUUUUUAAUUCGAUUGGAAUUCAAAGUUCAGGAUGAAAAAAAUUAAUUCCUAAAGAAAGGACAUUUGGUACAAAAAGUUAAGUUUUAACUUUUGGGCUUGUGGAUUGAAAACUUUGUUUUCUUGCAAGCCCUCUUUCUUUUUUUAUUAAGUUUCAAUUUUUUGUACUGAACGAUUCUUGAGCUCCACCUAUUAAGUAAUUCCAGAGUUCUGAACUUUGGACGUGUUUAUUUUGUAUUGAUAUUAAGUAAGACAUAUCGAGAGAAUAGCCUUGAACCUUGAACUUUAUCAAUAAUAGUUUAAUUUUUUGACCUCCUAAAAGGCAUUUUUGACAGUGUAAUCUUAAGAAAUUAUUAGUCAUUCCCACAAAUAAUCUGAUAAAUUUUUUUAUCUCAUAUUUUAAUGUAGUGCCAAGAAAUUUCCUUAAAAUUACUGUUGUGUCAUAAUGCGAUAUUACUUUUGUAGGUUUCCAGGCUUGUAGUUUGUAUUUAUUUUUGUAUAUUAUUAUUUAUCUGACUAUUAUGCAAAUUUAUUUAGUUUGUAAGCUUAAAAAAAAUAAAUGUGGAUUUUAAUAUUGUGUUGAA